AGACACGACAGAAGGUGCGGCGCGAGGAGCGAGCGACCGUACGGUGGUGCUUUUGCUGCUGCGAGUAAAUUCAGCCUUUUAGCCUCCAAAAACACCCGCUACGGCACCGAAAACGAGCGAUAAAGAAGCGGGAGGAGUUUAGAAGAGCUAAGUGGAUAUUUUUAUUCCGACCAGUCGACCUUAUUUGACUUAAGCGCCGUUUUUUUGUGUAUUUACAUAACCAUCCUUCCAGAAGCCUGGGCGGUGACAACAUUCAAGUCACUUACGGUUCGUUUCUUUUUCCACUUUUAACAUAAACUGUCUCUUAAGUGCAGUUUUGCGUAAACUAAUUUAAUUCUUCGUGCAUUUCGUGUUUAAUUUGUAGGUGUUUUUUUUUUUUCACAAAAAAACAAGUUAUACAACGAGGUGGGCUCGCCUUCGUGCCCCGCAGGUCCUAGCGCCCGCCCGUUCGUCACGUUGUGAACCGUUUCUUUUUCCACUUUUUAACAUAAACUGUCUCUUAAGCGCAGUUCUGCGUAAACUAAUUUAUUUUUUCACGCAUUUUGUGUUUAUUUUGUAGGUUGUUUCCCCCCCCCCCCAAAAAAACAACAAGUUAUACAACGAGGUGGGCUCCCCUUCGUGCCGCGCAGGUCCUAGCGCCCGCCCGCUCGUUAGUCGCGUUGUGAAUCGUUUCUUUUUCCACUUUUUAACAUAAACUGUCUCUUAAGCGCAGUUCUGCGUAAACUAAUUUAUUUUUUCACGCAUUUUGUGUUUAUUUUGUAGGUUGUUUUUUUUUUCACAAAAAAAAAACCAAGUUAUACAACGAGGUGGGCUCGCCUUCGUGCCGCGCAGGUCCUAGCGCCCGCCCGCUCGUCUGUCACGUUGCAGGAGCGCGCCUUUUGGCCAAAUGCUUCAGUCUCCGACACGUUCCAAGUUCUUUGUCACCAUGGAAAAGGUUUUAUUAGAGCAAGGCUAACUCCGGGUCGAGGAAAAUCGAACAAAACGCCCCCGACUUGCUUAGUGUACUUUACAUACAAAGUGUAGUUGAGGUGGAGUGAAGGAGACAACGUUUCCACGCAGAAGACAUCCGUCCAAUUGAGUGAUGGUCGUUAAUACGAUCCACUGGUUCAGAAAGGGCUUGCGGCUCCACGACAACCCAUCCCUCAAGGAGUCCCUGCUGGGGGCCGACACCGUCCGCUGCGUCUACAUCCUCGACCCCUGGUUUGCCGGCUCGUCCAACGUCGGGAUCAACAGGUGGAGAUUCCUGCUGCAGAGUCUGGAGGAUUUGGACUCCAGCCUCCGCAAACUCAACUCCCGUCUCUUCGUGAUAAGAGGCCAACCCACCGAUGUCUUUCCCAGGCUCUUCAAGGAGUGGAAUAUAUCCCGUCUGUCUUACGAAUAUGACUCGGAGCCCUUUGGGAAGGAGCGGGAUGCCGCCAUCAAGAAGCUGGCGUCAGAGGCCGGCGUGGAGGUGACGGUGCGCAUCUCCCACACGCUCUACGACCUGGACAAGAUCAUCGAGUUGAACGGCGGUCAGUCGCCCCUCACCUACAAGCGCUUUCAAACCCUCAUCAGUCACAUGGACGCCGUGGAAGAGCCCGCCGAAUUCAUCACGGCCGAGAUCAAGGGGAAGUGCUCCACGCCGCUGUCCGACGAGCACGACGACAAAUUUGGCGUGCCGUCGCUGGAGGAGCUGGGUUUCGAUACAGAAGGCUUGUCGUCAGCCGUGUGGCCUGGAGGAGAAACAGAAGCCCUCACGCGGCUGGAAAGACAUUUGGAGAGGAAGGCUUGGGUGGCCAACUUUGAGCGUCCCAGAAUGAACGCCAACUCUCUCCUGGCCAGCCCGACCGGCCUCAGCCCCUAUCUGCGCUUCGGUUGCCUCUCCUGCCGGCUGUUUUACUUCAAACUCACCGACCUCUACAAGAAGGUGAAGAAGAAUAGCUCGCCGCCGCUCUCGCUGUACGGCCAGCUGCUGUGGCGCGAGUUCUUCUACACGGCGGCCACCAACAACCCCUGCUUUGACAAGAUGGAGGGCAACCCUAUCUGCGUGCAGAUCCCGUGGGACCGCAACGCCGAGGCCUUGGCCAAGUGGGCCGAGGGCCGCACGGGCUUCCCCUGGAUCGACGCCGUCAUGACCCAGCUGAGGCAGGAAGGCUGGAUCCACCACCUGGCCCGGCACGCCGUGGCCUGCUUCCUGACGCGAGGGGACCUGUGGAUCAGCUGGGAGGAGGGCAUGAAGGUGUUCGAGGAGCUGCUGCUGGACGCCGACUGGAGCGUCAACGCCGGCAGCUGGAUGUGGCUCUCAUGCAGCUCCUUCUUCCAGCAGUUCUUCCACUGCUACUGUCCUGUGGGCUUCGGACGCCGCACCGAUCCCAACGGAGAUUACAUACGCCGCUACCUGCCCGUCCUGAGGGGAUUCCCGGCCAAGUACAUCUACGACCCCUGGAACGCUCCGGAGGGCGUGCAGAAGGCGGCCAAGUGCAUCAUCGGCGUGCAUUACCCCAAGCCCAUGGUGAACCACGCCGAGUCCAGCCGCCUGAACAUCGAGCGCAUGAAGCAGAUCUACCAGCAGCUGUCCUGCUAUAGAGGCCUCGGUCUGCUGGCGUCUGUCCCCUCCACCGCCAGCGGGAACGGCAACAACCCGCCGUCUUCAGAUGCCAUGGGAUAUUCCGUCGAAGCUCCGUCGAGCUAUCAGAUGCCGGCUCAGUCCCAAGGAGAUUGGCAAAGCGGCGCCAUGAUGUACCUGCAGGGGGACUCCCAGAGCACACACCAGCAUGGUUUUGCCAGCGCUGGCAGAAUGUCUUACACUCCAGGCAGCCGACAGAGUCCCGCACUUCAAAAAGCCCUCCAUGUCUCACCAGGGCCUGAGUUCCCAACGAGCGGCAAACGCCACUGCGAAGACCCCGGCAAAAGCAAAAGCUCCAAAAUCCAGAGACACUAACUUGCAGAAGACUUGGUCACUCCUACUUUCACUUCUGCUUAGUCGAGGACAGGACUUCAGCCCACUUCCUGUCCCUUCUGCUCCUGGUAGGACUUUUCAUGUGGUGAGGCCACACCGCCACUUGUGUUGUAUAUAAAAAACUUGCUCACAUACAACCUGUACAUAAUCCACUACAGUAUGUGCGUCUUGUGUAGCCAUAGAUCCAUGAUAUAUAUUUUUGAUAUGACAAAACAUGUAAUCGCUGUUUCUUCUUGGACAUUUUUCCUAAAAAAAAAUGAAUAAAAAGAUGACAUUUGAAGUAAAUAAAUGUAUAAAAAAAAUAUCAUAAAGCAGCUUCAUGUAGAAUUCAUCUCCGUUUGUUUUGAGCCUGUAAGAUUUGUUGAUUUCAGUGCAAGUAGACUUAGUGGAAGCACUAGAAAGUGCAGCAAUAACACUGCCUCCAUCUCUUGUGCUUGUUGGAUUAAAACCACGUCAACACACCAAA